CGCGUCUCCCCUCCCAAGUCUCACACAGUCGCAGGUCGUCUGCUGGCUGGACCCUAGCCUAGCGGCCUGAGCCCGAGCGAUCCGAUCAAGCGAAGCGGAGCUGCGGAGGGAUGGUUGAGCUGUAGAUCUCGAUUCCGCCGGCGCUCAUCUCCCCUUCCCGUGGGCCGUCCACCUCUCCCGGGGACGAUGCAGAGCGCGACGCGGCUGACGCUGCUGCUGUGCGCGGCGUGGGCGGCCGCGCUGCUCUACGGCGAGAUGGGCGCCUACUGGGCCGCCCACCUCUCCUGCUCGUGGCCAUCCGCGUCCUCUUCCUCCCCAUCGCCGGAUAACCAUGUGAAGAUUGCCGUCAUUGCCGAUCCACAGCUUAUGGACAGCACCUCCCUCGGUCUACCAGCAAGCUCUGUUGUGCUACAAGCCGUCGAGCUCUUCACAGAUUUGAACAUGAGAAGGUCCUUCCAGUCUGUCAUAUUGCCAUUCAAGCCUGAUGUGGUCUUGUUCCUCGGCGACCACUUUGAUGGUGGCCCAUAUCUGUCCGAUGAAGAGUGGCAGGAAUCUUUGUUUCGGUUUAAACAUAUAUUCAGCAUGAGUGAGCAACAAACAAAUCCACAUGUACCAAUCUACUAUCUUUCAGGAAAUCAUGAUAUUGGUUACUCAGGAUUUCACUCAGUUCAUCCUAAGGUUAUCAGUCGUUAUGAAAAAGAAUUUGGACCAAGAAACUACCAUUUUUUGUCUGGGGAGGUGGACUUUGUUGUUGUUGAUGCUCAAACUCUUGAUGGUGGAUCCAAACAAAGCAAAGAAAGAGCUUCUACUUGGGAGUUCAUUAAAACACUAUCAGCUGGUAAUGAAUCAAAUCCAAAAGUUCUUUUAACGCACAUUCCCCUGUACCGACCUGACAAUACUCCGUGUGGCCCACAUCGUUCUUCACCUGUUAUAAAUCAGAGGAUACAUGCUGCUGCUAUGGAUCAAGGAAUCAGGUAUCAGAAUUAUCUAAGCAAAGAGACUUCUGAUCUUCUGCUAAGGUUACUGAAGCCGACUCUUGUGCUCUCAGGACAUGACCAUGACCAGUGUACAGUUGUCCACUCGACUACUUUUGGGCCAGUAACCGAGCACACCCUUGGGACAAUAAGUUGGCAGCAGGGAAAUCUCUAUCCAUCUUUUAUGCUGAUGUCUGCUGGUCCCAAGUUGACACCAAAUUCAACUGAUUCUAUUCAUGGGGUUCUGACGAAUCUUUGUUUCCUGCCUAAACAAACUCAUAUCUAUAUCUGGUAUAUCUUCCAGUUUCUGAUUACCGUCCUUCUGCUGGUGUUCUGGCCGACAAAUGGUCUGAGCUCUCUUCCAUAUAUGAACAAAUUUGUAAGCUUCAUGACGUCUGUGGGUGCUGAACUGUUUUCAAGAACCAAAGAGAAAGAUGAUGAGGAAGAUGGCGAAUAUGAAAUGGUCUUCGAUGCAGAGGGAUCCAUGCAUCUUGUUAAAAAGGCAGUGACAAGACCCCCCAGGACUAACUCAGAUUCCCAAACUAUGGGACGAGGAAAUGUUGUGGCAAGACCAACUGCGAGAAAGCACCAAACGGAACCUGAUUCAUCUGUUCUUGUUGAGAUGGGUUCUGAAACGCCACCAGAAGAUGCAGGGAAGUUACCUCGUCCAAGCAAAUGGAAUAUAAGGAAGGUCCUUCAGAGGCUGUUCCGUGUCGUUCAGUCAAUUGUCAUCAUUGCGGCGUUGAAUGUUCCUCUAUACAUGAUGCUUCUCUUCAAGGAUUGGAUUGACCGUUGAAUUGUAUUUGAAACCCUAGUUAUAUCCAUGUAAUUCAGUAGAGUAAUAUCGGCGGGAGCAUUUGAAAGACCUAUGUCAAGCACCAAAAUUUUGUUGUCUGAUUUUGAACUGCAA